ACUCUGAGAAGAGUGUAAUAUAUAAGAAAUAAAUCAAAAAUUUAUAUUACCUUCAUCUUAGUCCCAGCUUCUUAUAAAGUUUGUUGUUCAUAUUCUUCUUCCCAAACGCUAACUUACCAUAUAAUUUGCAGCGAAGAAAUGAAAGACUGGGCGGCAUCGAUUAUAGCUUCAGCCUUGUUCGGAUUUCUGAGUCCAGGAGUAAUAAUUCAGAUGGCGGGGAGAUAUAGGCCUGUUGAAUUCUUUAAUAUGAAGACCAGCUGUGUUUCUAUUUUAGUUCAUGCUCUUAUCUUUGCUAUUCUACUUAUGCUCUUUCUCAUCAUUCUUCAUCCUCAUCUCUAUAUUUGACAUUGAAUUUCUGAGCUGCUUUUAAGGUGGAGUGAGGUUUUCUUUAGGGGAAAUAAAGAUAUGUUUUCCAGUGUUUGUUGAUUUAGUUCUUAAUCAGAGAAUUUUGUUUAUGCAAUUGUUUAUUUGUUGUGUAAUAAGCACAUAUUGUGCACUUGCUAUGUACUCCAAAAUGAUAAGUACACAAAAAAUAUACUAACAGUA